GUUUGAAUUGUUCCAGGUUUCUCUCCCAUGUUACUUCAGGUCAUGUUUGUGAUUGAGUGGGGCAAUGGAGUGGGCGUAGAACGUGCUAUUUUAGGACACCCGAAGGGGAAAAACAUCAAUGCUCAUCAGCGAUGGCCCACUGCCAUGGUUUAAGUUGGCAAAGCCCAGAGCCAAAGGCCACAAACUACCCAAUAGUGCCAGAGAAAGAACUCUACCGCAGUCUGCAAGCCAUUUUGCCCAAAGAGACAGACCUGCAGGACACCCUGAAUCGAGCAGGCAUGCUGCGUUGGACGCUCCACCAAAAGGUCAAAAACAAUCCUGCCAACAGCUUGUCUUUGGUGUGGGUUCUGGUGAAAGAGCUGGAGAAGGCGGAGAGGUUUGAUAAUCGCGGGAUCAUUCUCCCGCUGCUCCACACCAUCAUGUAUGCCAUUGUUCAGACGGCCCACAUUCCAGAUGAGCUGUAUAAGCGGGUGUACGACAUCUGUAAGAGGCUGCUGAUUCUUCCGCAUCCCUACUGUGCCAUUGGGCUCAGUUACACCAGACAGAUCAAAGCGGAACGCUCCGUUCCAGGUUUGAGGUAUCAGAGGAUGGUGGUAGCAGAACAGGGACUAAAGAAUGACUACUAUCCAUGUCAGGAGAGGGUUUUUGUUCUGGCUGAUCCCGAUGUCUUUACUGGAGCGAUGGCGGAAGGGUUGAAGAGAGACAUUAAGGCCUCCAACUCGGAAUACGAAGACUUUGUAUCACCUUACGAUCACAUGUGUUCUGUGGUGCAGCACACCCUUCAGGCCGUUUUAGGAGAGGAGUGCAACGCUGCUGAGCUGGCCAGGGGCCUUCAGGCAACGUGUGUUGAGCCGCACUUUCAGGAAGUGUUGGCGACCGUCGAGCAGAGCGCGGAGGCAGGCGGCAGGGACAGGGGGUUGCUGAGCAGUCGUCUUCAGCAGCUGUACGAUAAAAUCGUCACAGGCGUCAAGUCAGAGUGUGUGUCGGGUGGAUCACUGCACGACUGCCCGCUGCCCAACCCAGAGAUGAGCUUCCACAUGUGGACAAAUGACUUCGAUUUAUGGCGAGAGCUGGGCAGGUGGUUGCGAUCAAGCUCCACGGAUCACUUCUCCCUCAGCCAGGACCAGGAUGACGGCGACAUGGAUGAAAUGAGAGUGUCUGAGGCGCGACAUUCAGUCUUGUCCAAUGACAGCGGGAUUGUAGGAGAUCUGCCCCCUGGUCUGGAUUCGCCAAACAUGUCCUUCCCAGAGCCUCCAGUCAGCUCUACUCCUGCAUUUGGCAAGAGAGAUUCAAAGUUGAGCCGCCGUGGCGGGAUGAAGAUGAAACCCACCCACCCCAUCGUGUUGAUGCAGGAGACGCCGGAUAGCCGAGAGCGUAAUGGGCGAAGAGGAAGUCUUCCAUUCUCUCUACAGAGGAGGACAGGAAAUGGUGCAACGCAGAACCCCUUUCCCAAAAUGCAGAGGAAUUCCACGGCCAGAAUAGUCGUCAUGGGAGACGACAGAGUUCUGGGUCGCCUGGCCGAAGCCUAUUACUAUUUGAGGAAAAGGGAAGCACGGCGGCUCUUUCUUACAGUCAGAGCCAACCUCCAGUUUUACUACAUCCCUGUUUGCUCGGCCCCAGUCUCUCAUGACAACAAGCAUCAGUCUGUGAGGAUUCCCUGCACUGUUGGCUCUUACCUGGGCCGGGCGGACCCUUGGUACAACUGCAACGUCAAAAGUUUGGGAGCCACUCUCCCCCAGCUUACUACAAUGCAACCGACGACCCUGGGGAAACCCAAAGAGCCCUUUGUGUCUGAUGCUAUUUCCUACUACCUUCGGGCUGGCCAGCAGCCGGUCUACUUCACCAUAUACUCUGUCAAGAUCAUUUGCACGUCGAACAGUCUUGUGGAGGAUGUCUUUCUCACCCAUGUGGAGCUGGUCUUUCCAGAUUUUCAUCUGAUUCCAAAGUCACUGAGAGAAAAGCAAAGGAAGAGUGCGGGAGACAUGUGUGGAGCUGUUGCCACAUUAUGCUAUAAAGAGGCCAAACUAAGUGGCAGAGACACUAACCGAGCGAUGCCAGUGAGGACGUCUGCUGUUCAGAUUGAUGCCAUUCCGGCUAAGGACGAUGAAGAUGUGAACUGCUUAACUGUGACACUGAAAGAUCAACCUGCAAAAACAAAAAACAUCUCCCCGAAUCCCAAGAUUCGGACCAGUGAAGUUAAGAUCUGCGCUAUGGGGGGUCAGUCCAUCACAGUUACUCUGGAUCGAGACUGUCGCAGGACCUACAAACAUGUGCAGAGCAUCGAGAUCUUCCCAUGCGUGGACCCCAGCUACAGCGUUCAGAAAACCUUUCAGUCCAAAGUCGCCGUCGGAGAUGAGAAGUCUGGACUGAGCAAGUACAUGAACAAAGGACUUCCUCUUCCAAUCAACACAUUUUCUGGCAUCAUCAGCUGACCUCCGCUCCGUUUCUGCUGGCACCGACUCAUGUUAUUUACCGUCCUGCUCCUGAAGUUUUCCGUCUGGCGAAACUGAGAAGAAUGAACUACCUGAACUGAUGCUGGGCCACAGGUGUGUGACAGGGCUGAGACAAAAGCCAACAAUGCUGGGCCACAAAACAACAAACAAGGACGUGCUUCUAUGGGCCGCACAACACUAACACAGACAAUAAAAACUCACACAGUGUCGCAUCUGGAGCACUUCCUGUCUGACAGUCUACAUUUAGUCGCCAUCGCAAGUGUCUAAAUGAAGCCUUCAUUUUACAGUUUCCUCUUUGAAGAGCAUCACUCUUUCAUCACUAUUGUGCACCGUCAUGGCAGCGUUGUUUUUGUCUCCCUUCAACGCCUGAGUUGAAAGAUAAUUCAAGGCUUUUGUUAAUCCAUGCCUUCAACUUCAUUGUCUUGAAACCAAUUUUGCUAUGACCAGCUGUGCCUGUAUCGAUGAGUGGGUGUAGAUAUGGAUUGAAUAAUUGACAGUGUCAUAAACCCCACAACACUGUCAGUCUAUUUUUUAAAAUGCAGAGUGGGUGGAUUCCUGUGGUUGACGUUGAAAACAUUGAGUCUGUGAAUUCUGGUUUGGCCACUAUUCCUGGUACUGUUCAUUGACAGGAAUCAGAGCUGGAGCGGUGACAAAUGGCAUGACACAACAAACCGCUCCUACCUUGCAAAGGCUUUUGUCUCAUGUGAAAAAAAAAAAGAAAAAACUUUCUAGGGAGCAAAGUUCCUCCUCUGUUUUCCCCCAGAACUUUUUGUAAUCCAUGACGCGUGCCAUCUGGUCAUCUGAAACCAACAACAGGCUGGCAUGACUCUCACUCAUCCACCUCUUCUCAAGGGUUCAUGUGAGGCGUUGAAUUCCAGUUGACCUUAAACUAUUCAAACCAUUUUGAGGUUGAAACCAGAUUCAUCUGUGCUGUACCUGAAAUGACAUGUAUCAGUACUGAACAUUUUGGCCCUUAGCUGGAGGGCAUUGGGCCAAAAUGUUACAUAAGUACACUGAAAAAAAAAUUCCUAAAUCAACUGAGCGCAUUUUCAUUGAAAUAAUAAUAAUGUCAGUUAUUUAAACAACACUUUACCUUCUGUGAUUCAUAAAACUAUUAGUUCUGUCUGAUGCAAAAACUGAUAUCAAUGAAAUCAUUCGAUAUCUUUUUUUCCUGUCUGUCACAAGAGCUGUUUAAAAAAAAAAAGAGUUGUGAAAAUGUGAAAACCCUUUGAUGUGAUUGUACUUGUGGCUUUGUGUGGGUGAGAUUAAAACCACAUACUCAUUCAUAUAUCUUCGUAUCUGGAGCUGAAUCAUGCCAACAUGAAAUGAAGAGGUGUCCUGCUAAAAAGCGUAUCUUCUGUGAUAUUUGGGGAAACUGCAAUAACAUUGUCACGUUGAUGAAACAAUGCUCCGAUGUCAACACCUUCAGUUAGAAAGGUGCUGUUUGGUACAGCUGUACUUCUGUUUUUUUGUUCCUCCAUGUAAGAAGAAAAUCAUUUUAAGGUCUUGAUUUAGCAUUCAGAAUGUGACUCCUGAUAUUAUGCCAUCUGCCAUCUGUUGAAAAUCGUGGAUUGAAUGUUCUAUUUUGCACAUAAUCUAUAUUGCACAAAAAAAUGAAGUUGUAAAUAAUAACUUGUCUGUAAAUAUGCGAAAAAUAAACAGUAUUUUAGU